GGCUCCGGCUCCCUGGUUGGGUGUUCUUUCUGACGCGACAGGAGGAGGAGAAUGUUUCUGAUCCUGUCGUCCUCACCCCCCUCCGAUUUCCCGAGCGCUCAAGCUGACGGCUUCCGGAAUGGAGGAUAAAGUUAGGCCAUCUUUACACAGUUUUGGCGUUCAGGCUUAUUUUCAGCUAGUCUCUCAUUAAUAUUCCCUCCCCCACAACACCGGGAAAAUGGUUUGUUCUACGCAUCGGUAACGAAGGCGGAGCCCGUCGGGUCCUCCCGAGCGUGUUCCGGGGGAGGGAGGGAGGGACCGGACGGCCCUCGCUCAUGAAUAUUCAGUCAUUCGCUGAAUAUGCAUAAGGCACACAAGAUGGAGCGUCCAAUCCGUUGGAAGUAGCGGAUAUUCGUGGAGAGCCUUCUCAGGAUGUUUGGGGGGGGAACGCCUGUCCUCUAACAGCUUUACUGAGCCUUGGCGCUGGAUAUAUCCAGCGCAAGCUUUUCCUGAGCCCGGAGGCCUGUUCUGAAAGUAGGAUGUCUGCUACCCGGGAGCCGUAAAUCACGCGACCGCGACCAUCUGAGAAAAGCAGAUUAGCGGUGGGGCAGAAUACCAAUGUCUUGGGGAAUUUGGGGUCAAGGAAUGUGAGCUUUUAGGAAAUCCUACACCUUCCAGACGAGUUCAGAAAUAAGGUGGCAGCUGAGUGUUUCAAGGGAAUCUCCAAAAAGAGCAUGUUUCCACUCUUUUCAAAGCAAAGCCAGCUGCUCACCCAACCACAGUGAUUCAUGUUUGAUGUCAGUGUUACAUCACCACUCGGACAGGGAACACCACCACUAAGAAAAGCAAAAUACGGUCCAAAGGAGAAGAAACGCUCCCCUCCCCCAGUGCUGGUGGUUUGCCUGACAAGCUGCAUUCUUCGUUCUUCAUCUCCAGUGCUCUUCUCUUUCCUGCCUGUGGGUUUAAUCCCCAUGGUCCACUUCCGGGCUUCCUUAGUCCUUUGGGUCUGAGACCUCACUGCCUAAUUAUGCCCCUAUUCCCUGUUCCCAGCCCAAAUUCCAUACCCUGGUUCCUGAACUUGCUUCAGGUCUUCCCUCUCCGUUUAGUCCCAAGUCACCCUUGAAUCCUAGGAAAUCUCUAUUCACACCAGUUUUUUACUUUAAUAUUUAUUUUGUGUGUAAGCACGCCACAGCGCAUAUAUAGAGAGAAUAAUCUGUACGAGUUGGUUCUCUCCAUCUACCAUGUAGAUCAGGCUUGAUGGCAUUAGCCUUUACUUGCUGAGCUAUCUCACUGGUCCUCCACACCAGUUCUUUGCCAGGCAUUUGUUCUUCCAUGGUUUUUAUUCUUGAUUCUCCUAUUUACCCCUGUCCCACCCUCCCCCAGGCUCUCAAGUUUGAUUUCAUUCUUCCACUUGCCCUUCCUUAUCACAACUGAGGUUCUGGGCAGUAAUGAUGGCAAUGCUGCCUAACACAACCCCUGCUCCCAUGAUGUCAGUAGGUGCAACAGUCUCAUAGAGUACAUAAUACUGCAGCAUCAGGGCUACCACAACCUCAGAGUGCAGGACAGCACAUACCAGGGCAGGGUGGGCCUUGGUGACUGCAUAGCUCACACAUACAAAGGAAACCAAUGCAAGGAGCCCCACUGCCACCAUACAACUCCAGCUCAGAGUGUCUUGGGGUAGCACGGGGGUCUGUAACACAAAGAGGCCUGGUACAGAGACCAUUAGUCCCACCAGGCCAAAUAGGAAGGCCACAGUUGGUAGGCAGGAGGGGAAGUGUAGAGAGCGAUAAAUCUGCAGCCCCAGGGACAGUGCCAGACCUCCCAGGAAAGCCAGUACAUAGCCCAGGGCUGUGUAGAGGCCAGUAGUCCCUUCCUGCAAUGUCCCUAGUCCAGGUCCCACAAUGAUGAUUAGUCCAAGGGUGCUGCCAAACAGGCCACACCAAGCAUAGCCACUGAGACCCUGGCUCUCGAGGCAGAGUGUGAGGAGGGCAGAGCACACCGUGGAAGAGCCUUUGCGAACGGUGACUGCGUUGCCAGCGGGCACCACCUGAACUGCACUGUAGGCACAGCCGAUGCUGAGGACAUUGAGAAUGGCAUGGAGGAAGGCCCGAACCCGCACAUCAGGAGGUCCCAGCAGUGGAUCACCACGAAACUUAAGUAACAAGGCAAUGGGGAGGUGGAAGAGGCAUCGGAAGAUGAGCAGCUCCAGCGAGGGCAACUGGGAGGUCUGAUACUCACCAUCUCUUCUUGGACUUCCUCCUCUCCUCCUGGGUCGGGCUGCCUGGUCCUCUGCAGAGCUUCAGCCAUUGUGACUUGCUUGGAGUGAGAAAGAAAAGGCCAGGCUGGAGGGACUUGCUGAGCCACGACGCUGCUCCAUGUUGGCUAUGCUCUCAGGCUGGCAUCAUGCCACCCCCUGCAGAGGUGACGGACCCAUCCCAUGCCCCAGCUGUCCUGCGUCAGCUCAAUGAGCAGCGGCUCCGUGGCCUCUUCUGUGACGUCACCCUCAUAGCUGGAGACACCAAGUUCCCCGCUCACCGCAGUGUCCUGGCCGCCUCUAGUCCCUUCUUCAGAGAAGCUCUACUAGCUUCAGCCCCACUGCCCCUCCCACCAGUUACUGGUGGCUCAGCCCCCAGCCCUGCAACCACCACAGCUGCCUCCUCUUCAUCCUCCUCUCCCCCUCCUGCCUCUCCUCACUCUUCAUCUCCUCCCCGGGUGCUAGAGCUGCCCGGGGUCCCAGCAGCUGCCUUCUCUGAUGUCCUCAACUUCAUCUAUAGUGCCCGGCUUGCACUCCCUGGUGGUGGCGGGGAUGGAGCAGCUGUGGCAGAGAUUGGCGCUUUGGGCCGGAGGCUGGGUAUCUCUCGUCUACAGGGCCUGGGGGAAGGAGGUGAUGCUUGGGUACCCCCUGCCCCAACUUCCAUGGUCACCUCAGAUCCUAUUGAGGAUGGUUUGGGACCAGGGCCUAGAGCAGAUGGAGAGUGGGUGGGUGACAAAGCUGAGGCCCUGGCUCCUGACUCCCAGCCCCGGCGGUCCUUUCCUUGCCCUCGAUGUGGAAAAAGCUUCAUCCAUCCCAAGCGACUGCAGACCCACGAGGCUCAGUGUCGACGAGGGUCCAACACUCGGGGGUCUGCAGGGCUGGGACCUGGGGGCUCUGGCCCUGGGGGUCCUGCAGGAGUGGACGCCUCAGCAUUGCCACAACCAGUGGGCUUCAGAGAUGGUCCUGAGCAUGUGGUGAAGGUUGUGGGCGGCCAUGUGCUCUAUGUGUGUGCGGCCUGUGAGCGUUCCUACGUGACCCUGUCCAGCCUGAAGCGGCACAGCAAUGUACACUCAUGGCGGAGGAAGUACCCCUGCCGCUACUGUGAGAAGGUGUUUGCCCUGGCUGAGUACCGCACCAAGCACGAGGUGUGGCACACUGGGGAGCGCAGGUACCAGUGCAUCUUCUGCUGGGAAACCUUUGUCACCUAUUAUAACCUGAAGACCCACCAGCGAGCCUUCCAUGGCAUUAGCCCUGGCCUCCUAGCCAGUGAGAAGACACCCAAUGGAGGCUACAAGCCCAAGCUUAAUACCCUCAAGCUGUACCGCCUGCUCCCUAUGCGGGCAGCCAAGCGGCCCUACAAGACCUACAGUCAGGGAGGCCCCGAGGCCCCUCUUUCUCCAAGCCUCCACACACCGGCUCCCGCAGCAAUGCCAGUCAGCCCCCAAGCCCUACCCCCACCUGCCCCAGAACCUGGUCCUCCCCCCUCUGUCAUCACCUUUGCUCAUCCGGCUCCCUCUGUCAUUGUCCAUGGGAGCAGUGGUAGUGGUGCAGCUGGGGGCGGACCAGCCGGCACAGGAGGGUCCCAAGCUGCCUCAGUCAUCACUUAUACGACUCCCCCAAGACCCCCCAAGAAACGAGAGUACCCACCUCCUCCCCCUGAGCCUGCAGCAACACCCACCAGCCCAGCCUCCACCGCCGUCAGCCCAGCCACAGCUGCAGGGCCAGCCACAGCCACAGAGGAGGCCAAGGGCCGGAAUCUGCGGGCUGGGAGGACUCUGACUUACACAGCCAAACCCGUGGGUGGGAUGAGUGGGAGUGGGGGCUCCCCGACAGGGACAGGCCGAGGCUCUUCUCAGCUUCAGGCUCCACCUCCACUGUGUCAGAUCACUGUGAGAAUUGGGGAAGAGGCCAUUGUCAAGCGCCGCAUCUCAGAAACUGACCUGCGUCCUGGAGAGCUGAGUGGAGAGGAAGUAGAGGAGAGCGAGGGAGAGGAGGAGGAGGAGGAAGAAGAGGAGGAGGACCAGGAGGACCAAGAGGAAUCGAAGGCUGGAGGGGAAGAUCAGCUUUGGAGACCCUACUAUUCAUACAAGCCUAAGCGGAAGGCUGGAGCUUCUGCCAGUGGGGUCAGCGGACUGCCCCGAGGACGAAGACCACCACGCUGGAGGCAAAAGCUGGAACGAAGGGGCUGGGAGGAAACCCCAUCAGUGGAGGGCCCAGGAGGACGAGGACGUGGUGAGCGUAGGCACCGUUGUGGGGACUGUGCUCAGGUCUUUGCCACUGUGAGGAAGCUGAGAAAGCACCAGGAAGCCCAUAGUGGGGGCUCCCACACUUCCAGGACUGGGAGGAGGUCUUCCACCCGCUUCACCUGUCCUCACUGUGCCAAGGUGUGUAAGACGGCAGCUGCCCUGAACCGACAUGGGCAGAGGCAUGCUGUGGAACGGCCUGGGGGCACUCCCACACCUGUCAUCGCCUAUUCCAAAGGCAGCAUUGGCACCAUGCCCACUGAGGUCAAAGAGGAGGCCCCCCAAGAGAUGCAAGUGUCCUCGUCCAGUGGGGAGGCAGGUGGUGGUAGUGCUGCUGCUGCCGAAGCUGCUGAGUCUGCCUCACUCCAGGACCCGGUCAUCUCUGGGGGUGAGGAGCCCCCAGUAGCAGGUGGGGGCAGCUAUGUAUACCCACCUGUACAGGAAUUUCCCCUGGCCCUGAUAGGAGGCAGCCGGGAGCCUGGUGCCAGCAAAGGAAAGCCUGGGAAUGAGGGGUCAAUGGGAGCUUCUGAGGGAGACCGGAUGGAGGGGAUGGGGACUGCCAAAGUCACCUUCUACCCUGAGCCCUACCCACUUGUCUAUGGCCCCCAGCUCCUUGCUGCCUACCCUUACAACUUCAGCAACUUGGCUGCUCUCCCGGUUGCUCUCAACAUGGUCCUACCUGACGAAAAGGGUGGUGGGGCCCUUCCCUUCCUACCAGGGGUCUUUGGCUACGCAGUGAAUCCUCAAGCAGCGCCACCUACUCCACCAACCCCACUUCCCCCUCUUCCUCUGCCAGUUCCCCCUAAGGGAAUAGGGGAAAUGACAGGGGUAGAGAGAACCCAGAAGGGGGAUGUGGGGUGAGCACCAAGGCCAGAUCUCCCUCUCACCAGAUGCCACCCUCCCUGAAUUCCCUCCCCUCACUCUCAGCUCCCUGGCCUCCCUGCCCUUUGGGAGCCCCAUCACACUCUUGUGCAGGGAUUUGGGGGCCCCUGGAGCUCAGGAGUCAGGCUGCUUUGUGUGAUUGUAGUUUCCCCAUCCCCUGAGAAGGGAGUUUUGGUGGUUCCUCUCUCAGUCUUCUCCAGGGAAUGGCCCCUGUGAGGGGAAGAGCCAGCUCCCACCCCUUCUCCAGCCCUUGGGGCAAUUGAGCAAUAUACUUAUCUGAGUCUCUACUUACAGCCCCCACCAGCUCUGAAUGUCUAACCUGCUCCCCUGAUUUGUAAGCCUAGGGGGAAACCAUCUCUCUCACCUAAUGAUGCCUGCUCAUUCUGACGCUGUCUCUAAGCCCUUGCCCCAGAUGCUUCCUAGCACAUUCCAUUCUUUGUGGCCCAGGGCCUGGACCAGACCAUUGUGAUAUCUGACCCACCAGCCUGGAAGCAUGGCUUUGGAUUCCGUUCUUCCCAAGGGUGGGUUUCUCUGUCCUUGUCUCUUUCAUAUUAAGACGCCAUGCCUUCCUUGGCUUCCAUGCCUUUGGAUCUUCCACAUUCCUUCCUAUGCUCCUAGACUUUGGAGAUGGCCUAACCCAUGCCAGGUCAAAAGGAGGUGGGAGGUGUCCCAUGGCUGAACACUUUUUCAAUACAGGGCAGGGAAAUCUUGGGCCUUUCCUUUAAGUCCAAGUCCAGUGACCCCAGAUUCUCCCAAGACAAAAGAGGUGAAUAGAUCAUAACUCUUCUGGCCUUUAUAUGUGACUUCUUUGGGGCUAACCCAAAUUUGAGCACCAGGUAUGAAGCACUCUAUACAGAAUGGAGAAGAGAAUCUACUUUCUCCCUGCCAACCCCUCACUAUGGUUUCUCCUAGAUUAGACCAAAUAGCCAGAAAAAUCGAUGGGGUUUGAUGUGUGGGUAAGCCCAGGAUUUGAACCUAACCUCCACCCUUACCUCUUUAUCCUUUCCCCUCUGAUGUCACUGUCCUCACCAAUCACCCCCGAUGGUUUUGAGGGGACCAUCUGCCUCUUCUGGUGGGCUCUGGGGCAUCCCCACCAACUUUGCCUCCAAGAUAGCACCUUAUACCCCAUCUUUGACUCAGUCCCCCACACCCAAAGAUCCCAGCCUAGGAAUGGGGUGCAGGGAUUUUAAAUAGUCCCUAAUCUCUAAUUUGCACUAGUUAACCCUGGUCAGGGGUCCUAUGUUUCCUUCCAGUAGGAACUAUAGAGAAAUGUUUGUUCCUAAUUCCCUUUGAAAAUGGGGCCUCCCUGAUGUGUGUGAUUAGAUGGAUAUUUCCAGUAUACCCACCUCCCCUCCCCCACAAAGAAAGAACCAGCUCACAAAGGGAGAGCCAGUUUGGGGAAGCAGAUUUGAUGUGGGAGUUAGAGGAGUAUGACUUCAAAAGGAGAAAGACUGUCUUAACCAAAUGAUAGGCUUUCUCUCAGCUACUGUUCUCUGGGGCCAAGAUGGCUGCCCUCUGACCUGCUGUGGAGAGGGCAAGAUCAUGGCUUUUGGAGGGAGGUGAGUUUGGGACGGUCAGGAGCAGCUUCCUGCCCCCUCCUAGCCUCCAAGUAUAUAGAAAGGGGGAGGUUUUUGACAGGCUUCCUGAAUGUUAAACACGGAGGGGUCACUCCACCCCUCCUCUGUCUCUUUGCACUUUUCUUGGUCUUGGCUACAACCUGAGUGAAGAAUUUCCUACUGAAUGUACCAAGUUCCAGUUUUUAAGGAGGAAAAAGUUUCAAACAGGGGAAAAUGAAAAAAAAAAAAAAGAAAAAGAAAAAAAAUCACUAAAAAUUCCCAUAAAUCUUGUUUCUGGCACUUUAGAAAAACUGCAAAAAAUACAUAAUAAAGAAUACAUAUAUAUAUCUACACACAAAUUAUAUAUAUAAAUAUAUCUAUAUAUACAGCGGAACCACAAGAGAGACUGAGGAAGGCCUGAAGGCAGGGGGCAGAGAAGGGUCCCCUCUACCCUUCACUGCCCUCUUCUGAGGAAGUCAAGAGAGAAGGGGUAAAAAAUGGACUGGGGAAUUUGAAUUUCAGAAUAGAUCAAAAUUCUGACCUUUUGGAAGAAUUGAGAUUAGAAGUGUUUUUUUUUUGUUGUUGUUGUUGUUGUUGUCAUUUUUUGUUUUUAAUAAGGGUAAAGAGAAUAGCUUCCAGAAUUUAGCAACAAAUAGUUGUGGCAAAGCAGAAACUUAAAAAUAUGUAUUUGAGCUGGAAGGUCUCAAUAUCAGAGUUUCAGGUGUUGGAAGUUUGGGAUUUUGCAAUUUUGUCAUUUGAAGGUGAUCAAGUCUUGUCAGUUUGUGCCCUCUUUCCCCAUGUGACCUGGGAAGAAGGGAGAAAGUGGGAAGCCACUGGUUCUGUGCCACAGCACGCAAGAUUUAGAAUUUUACAGAUUCUAGCUCUAUACAUAGUGAGGACCCAGAUUUAGAGAAUCUGACCAAUAUUUAUCUCCAGAUUUGUGUGUGUUUCCAAUUCUCUAGGCCAAUAAAUCAACAAGACAAAUGAACUAUGCUCACA